AUGGCGCCAAAGAAAGCUACCGAGCCCGCGCCCAACCAGAGCCGUCCCGCGUGGUAUUACCGGGUUCUUCAUCUGAGUUUCAAGAGGCGCAAUCAGGCAACAUACCGGUCAGACUAUGACAUGGAUCUUUCCGAUCUGGAAGAAAAGGAAGAACAGGAAGAAAAACCAUUCAAAUGCAAUGAAUGCAUGCAAGAUCCCGAUGACGACCCCGAGUGGGACGACUGUGACCAUAUGGACGACGACGACGGGGAGAGGUCCUAUCAGGAGUCUGACGCCGACUGCUACUACGAGAUGAAGGAGGAACGAGAAGAAAGAAAACGCGAAAUGAAGGAAGCAAAAGACGCGGAAGCCAAGGAGCGAGCGGCAGCGCGAGAGUACGAGGCCAAAAGGGUGGCAGAAGUCAAACAAGCAUACGCACGCCUGCCCAAAGCUGCCGGGCAGAAAGGCGCGGCUCAGCGGCUCACGCUACCGACAACGGAAACUUUCAAGCUGUUUUGCAUCGAGCAUCUGGAUCACUGCGACGCCGGCCAUAACCACACCAAGUUUGUUCGUUUUGAGGUUGCUGGCGUGCGCAGCGACAAUGGCCCUGUUGCUCCUCUCACGACUGAGAUGGCUCCCGAAGGUGCUGUGAGACGUCACAGAGACGCGGUUGCCAUCACAAAAACACCCCGUGAUGUAAGCCCGAGGAUGCGCCAGGGAAUCGUCCGCUUGCAUGCCAAUGUCCAACACAAGCUUGCCCAGUUCAAGCUGCCAAAAUGGGCGGGGAGACGCACGCACGUGGUCAAGUCUUCAGACGGCAACCAUGCGCUCAUGGUCAAAUUCAUCAACAGCGACUACCUGAUUAUGACGGUUCCGCAGACUCUGGCUUGCGACGGCCGGGCGCCGUCGGAAUCGGCGCCGGAGACGUUCAGAUACAUGGGGAUCCGCCAAGAUCUCGAGAGCAAGGCCGCACCAGUGCUGCGUAGAGAGGAUCGUUCACCGUCUCUAGGCGACACUUGGGUCUUGGAAUUGCCCACCUUGACGCGUGCGAAAAAAGUCAGGCUGCGAUGUCUUGUUCGCAUCGGUCAUAAUGAAGCUGACUUGUACUUUUCACUAAUUGACCAGAGUACAGUACGUCCGCCCCCCAAAACACUUUACGCGAGACGCGUCUCGGCGCGCUCCACCAGCUUGAGCCAAGAACCGGCCGCUACUAAACUGCAACGUCAUUUGCACCCACCAGCAACCAUCUGGAAUUGGCUUUUCUGCCAAGAUCGACAAUCCAGUACUAGGUUAACUGAUCACAGCAACUCUGAAAGCAUGGAAUACGACGGCGAUGGGACCGACGAGGGCCCUCCCGCCAAGCGCCAGCGCAGCACCGAAUCCCUCGACACCACCAUGCUCUCCGCCUCCGAGGACCUCCCCAUGAACGGCCACGACACGGCCAUGGACACGCAGACCACCGACGAUCUGGGCUCUGAUGCCGCCGCCUUGACACCCGUCGUCACCCCUCGGAAGCGCGGCCGCCCGCCUCGGCACACCCCGAUCAAGCCACCCGCGACGCCCUCCACCGCGGCGCAGCCCAGCACGACGCACCUCACGCCGCUCAAGGCUGUCGGCCCGCACGCCUCAACGCCCGGGCGCACCGCCGCCGACCGCUCCGCGCGGAAGAAGACGGCGCGCGCGCUGUUCUCCCACGUUGCGGCCGACGACAACGACGACGACGACGACACGGGCGCAGCGGAUCAAGACGAAGACCUCGCGCGGGCCAUCUUUGGGGACACGUCGGACGAAGACGACGACGAAGACGACAAUGACGGCGUACUGCUGCCCACCCCCGCCGGCACAGACACGCCGACAAAGACGAAGAAGAAGCAGCAGCAACGCGCGACGAGAAAACGCGCCAAGUCGCCGACACCGCCCCGCGACCUGCCGCCGCACGAAACGUACUUUUUCCACAACAAGCCCGGGCGGCCCAAAACCUCGGACAACACGCUCGCCGGCCGCGGCCUGCGCCUGCUCACGCACGACGAGUACUUUGCGGUGCUGGCGCGGGCGGGCGGCGCGGCCGCGGCCGCGACGCAGCGACACGCGGCCGGCGUGGCCAACCUCGAGGCGCUGCACGCCGAGUCGUUUGCGCAGUGGGCGUUUGAGCUCGCGCAGGGCUUCAGCCUCGAUCCCGUCGGCGAGGUCCACGAGCUGCUCGGGCGCACGGCCCGCCGCGUGCACGGCCGCGAGGGCGUCGCGUUUGUCCUCCGCAGUCUCCCGGAGAAUGCGAGGAACCUGUUUCGCCUGCUGGUUGGCGAGGUGCUGGUUGCCAUGGAUGAGGACGCGACUGGUGGUGCUGGCGCGGAAGGGGCUGCGGGUGUCGAGUACAGGAUGGUGUACAAUAAAGCCGUGGAGGAGUUUGUGUGCAGUUCGGAGAUGGCGUUUCGUACGCUGUUGAAAGAGUUUCACGAUCAUCAAAUCAUCACCAGUCGCAAAGACGCGCUGGGGACGGAGCUGCUUAGUCUUCCGUUUGGACGGGAGGAGCUCGAGGCCAUUCUGGAAGACCUCAUGGCAUAG